AUGCCUACACUCUGGCAGAUUCACAUGCCCAAGAGCUUAGACUCUUUUUUACUUGUGGAUCGCUAUCAACUAUUUGUCGGCUGUCUGGGCAAUAAGUUUGACUGGUUGGAACACGCUCUGCACCAGCUGGACUGGUCACGGGGCUUUCAAUGCACCACAUUUGCAGCACGAUACCUAGCUACCAUCUUGAAGGUUAUAGAAGCCAAGCAAUUGACGAUCACCUUAGAAUAUGACGCCAAUCUAUACACUCUACCAGCAAAAGAAGCCAAGCAACUGAGGGUGGACUGCCCAGAAGGUUUCCAGCUGAGGCCUUUAGUUGAAGCAGAUGCCCAGUUAAUAGACAAAAUGUGGCCCUACAGUGGACCGGGUUCAUUGUACUUUAUUCAACGGCAGAUUCGUCUGUGCCCCAGCAUGGGAUUAUACGAUAUGCAAUCUAACAAGCUUGUUGCCUGGUGCGUCAGAACAAUGGAUGGUCUGUUGGCCGCCUUGCAAGUUGAUAACGCGUACAGAAGGCGUGGAUUUGGUACUAUCGUCGUUGCUGCUUUAUCUCGAGAGAUCGGUGCUUUGGGUGAGGAUGUUGGCGCUGAGAUACAUCCGGAGAAUAUUAUCUCUAUUAGCAUAUUCAAUAAAUUGGGAUUCCGUGUGAGUGAACAAUGCUAUUGGCGUUUCACUGCACCUGAAAAAGGUAAAUUUACAUGGCCAAAUGGCCAGUAAUGUUGUUCCUGCUCAAAAAGUCAAUAUUUAUGAUUAUUACUAUUUUGACAUCUUAAAUGUAUGCAUUUCCAUUUUUGUCACCUACAUAUAUCCAAGAGGAACCAAACUAAUU